GGUUUGGGUAUCUCCUAAUUGAAGAGAGUCAAAUACUGAUUGCAAGUGAAUCCUCCUCAGUCAGCCUGUUGGAUGCCUCUAAGAACAUAAGAAGUCAUGGCAGAAAAUGAUGCAAUGCCAACCUUACCAAAAAAGUGUGGCCCAUACAUUUCAUCUGUAACCAGUCAUGGCAUGAAUUUGGUAAUUCGUGGCAUUGUGCUGUUUUUUAUUGGCGUAUUUCUUGCGUUAGUAUUAAACUUACUGCAGAUCCAGAGAAAUGUUACUCUCUUCCCCCCUGACGUGAUCACAAGCAUCUUCUCCUCAGCUUGGUGGGUACCACCCUGCUGUGGCACAGCAUCAGCUGUGAUUGGGUUAUUGUACCCAUGCAUGGACAGACAUCUGGGAGAGCCACAUAAAUUCAAGAGAGAAUGGUCCAGUGUGAUGCGAUGUGUAGCAGUCUUUGUGGGAAUAAAUCAUGCCAGUGCUAAGGUGGAUUUUGCCAACAAUAUCCAGUUGUCUCUCACAUUAGCAGCUCUGUCAAUUGGACUGUGGUGGACAUUUGAUAGAUCACGAAGUGGCUUUGGUCUUGGGGUAGGAAUUGCUUUCCUGGCUACAUUGGUAUCACAACUUCUGGUCUACAAUGGAGUUUAUCAAUACACAUCUCCAGAUUUCCUCUAUGUUCGUUCCUGGUUGCCAUGUAUAUUUUUUGCUGGUGGAAUAACUAUGGGUAACAUUGGCAGGCAGCUGGCAAUGUAUGAAUGCAAAGUCAUUGCAGAGAAGUCUCAUGAGGACUGAGAGGAAACAAUAUGCACCUUUUAAACAGGAAAAAUGUCUGACAAAUGACUGUUGGAGGAGCAAAAGGAACACUUGACUAUGAAAUUGCCAAAAUGCAAUUUUUUCCCUUGAGUGGUAUACUUUACUGCAAUCUGUGAUUGCUGCUUCUAUAGAAACCUUGAUGUCUGAUUUUGAUUACUGUGAAGUUACAAUAGUAUGCAAUACAUUUGACAAUAUUGGUUCAAUUAUAGGAUUCUUUUUUUUCCAAAUCUAAACAGUUUACCAUAAAUUCCUGUCUGUCCAUAAUGUUACAGUGCCAAACUGAACAUUUGCACUACAUUUCCAUAGCUGAAACUUCUUGCUUCACUUUAUCUUGGAAGUUUUGAGGAGUUUGUUCUUAACAGCUAGUGAAAGACAGGGGGUUGGUUCAAACUUAGGAAUGAAGAUCUCUUUCCAUGAUGAUAGCCUGUCAUACCUGUAUGAAAUGUAUGGAUUGCAGAUGAGCUUUGAUGCAAUAAGGAACUGAUAUCUGCCUAUUAA